AUGGGUUUAGGGAAAGGGACACACUUGUCAGACAUUGAAGACGAGGAAGACCUCGAUGAAGAACCAGGGGAGGUGAUCGAAUCAGCUCCUCCUCUCGAAGUUGGUGAAGAGAGAGAGAUUGGUAAUUCUGGUAUAAAGAAGAAGCUCCUCAAGCGUGGCCUUGGAUGGGAAACCCCAGAAUUCAAUGAUGAAGUUACAAUUCAUUAUGUGGGCACAUUACUUGAUGGUACUAAGUUUGAUUCCACAAGAGAUACGGAUUCAUCUGUGACUAUAAAACUUGGUCAAGGGGAAGUGGUGGCUGGAUUGGAUCGGGGGAUUAUUACCAUGAAAAAGGGGGAGUGUGCAUUGUUCACGUUGCCUCCUGAAUUGGGCUUUGGAGUGGCAGGGCGUGAUGUGGUGCAGCCGAAUUCUUUUGUUCAGUUUGAGGUUGAGCUUGCUUCGUGGAUUACGGUGGUAGAUGUGAGCAAAGAUGGUGGAAUUAUAAAGAAAAUUGUGGGGAAGGGAGAGAAGAAUGAGCGUCCUGGUGACUUGGAUGAAGUCCUUGUGAAGUAUCAGGUGGCACUUGCUGAUGGCUCUAUUGUUGCAAAAACACCAGUAGAAGGCGUUGAAUUUUGUGUAAAAGAUGGUCAUUUAUGUCCAGCAUUGCUGAAAGCAAUCAUGACCAUGAAAAGGGGAGAGAAAGUCAAACUAAUUGUUCAACCUCAAUAUGCUUUUGGACAGGAAGGGAAAGAUGCUAGUAGUGAUGCUAUUCAUCCAGUCCCACCAAAUUCUACACUGUACAUUGAUCUGGAAUUGAUAUCCUUUAAAGUUGUUAUUGAUGUUAUUGGUGAUGCCAAGGUCUUCAAGAAGAUUUUGAAAGAGGGGGAGGGCUCCCUUGUUGCAAAUGAAGGUGCAACAGUAACUGUUAGCUAUACAGCUAGGCUAGAGGAUGGAACUGUGAUUGAAAAGAAAGGAAUUGAUGAUGAGCAGCCUUUGCAAUUUAUAACAGAUGAAGAGCAAGUGAUUGCUGGUUUAGAUCGAGCUGUGGCAACAAUGAAGAAGGGGGAACAGGCAAUAUUAACAGUAAAUCCAGAAUACGGCUUUGGAAGCAUUGAAACAAAGAGGGAUCUUGCUGUUGUACCCCCAUCUUCAAUCUUAGUCUAUGAAGUUGAAAUGUUAGAUUUUAUCAAGGAGAAAACACCAUGGGAGAUGAAUAGUCAGGAGAAAAUCAAGGCUGCUGAGGGAAAGAAAGAAGAAGGAAAUCUGCUAUUUAAAAGCGGGAAGUAUCAAAGAGCUGGUAAAAAGUAUGAUAAGGCUGCAAGUUAUGUUGGUGAAGAUGAAUCCUUUGAGGAUGAUGAACAAAAGCUGGUUGCAGCACUGAGAGUAACUUGCUGGCUGAAUGGGGCAGCAUGUAGCCUCAAACUUAAUGAUUUUCAGGGAGCAAUCAAUUUAUGCUCAAAGGUAUUGGAUAUUGAGUUCCACAACAUAAAAGCUCUUUAUAGGCGGGCACAAGCAUUCAUCAAAACUGCUGAUUUGGUCUCAGCUGAAAUGGACAUUAAGAAAGCUCUCGACGUUGAUCCUCAGAACAGGGAGGUGAAGUUAAUUCAGAAGAAAUUGAAACAACUUAAAGCAGAAAGUAACAAGAGAGAUGCAAAGCUCUAUUCCAACAUGUUUGCCUAUAUGGAAAAGCAAUCAUCUGCUCUAACCAAGAAAUUGAAAGUCGAGAAAGCGGAGGACGAAAUGAGAAAUGGAGAGGCCGUGGCUAUGGAAAUGGAAAAUGUCGUUGAUAGUUCAUAUCGACCUGACAAUGGAAAGGCUUUUGAUUCGUAUGAUUUUGAUGACUUUAUCGAAGUCUCUUAUGGUUUAGAUGCCUUAGUUUGCUCACAGCUUGCAGCCUCUCCCUCAGUAGUUGACUUUCUUCUAGGAUUUCAAGGGCCGCUUCCAUUUCACCUUGCAACUGGAUAUGUUGGCGUUGACGAAGCAGAGGAUGUGCAGCUCUUCUACUACUUUGUCAAGUCCCAACGGAAUGCCAAAGAGGACCCUCUCUUGCUUUGGCUAACUGGUGGUCCAAUAGAUUUUGAGAUAGUCGAGUACAAUGGGAGUUUGCCUACAUUGGUCUUGAAUCCAAACACAUGGACGAAGGUAGCCACAGUAAUAUUUGUCGAUAUGCCUGUUGGUACUGGAUUUUCCUAUGCAAGAAACGACUUUGCUUCUCAAACAGAUGACUUGAUACAAUUUUACCAAUCUGACCAAUUUCUUAGAAAGUGGCUAAUGGACCAUCCAGAAUUCCUCCCAAAUCCUGUUUACAUUGGCGAGGACUCGUACUCUGGCAUUACUCUUCCAGAUGUGGUUCAACAGAUCUCGAAUGGGAACGAUGAGGGUGUUAAACCGCUGGUAAAUCUUAAGAAAAGUUGUCGAGGAGAGUAUAAAAUUAAAGACCCUAGCAAUGCAGAGUAUUUGAGAUAUAUGCGGGCAUUUGAUAAGUGUACCUCAGGAAUUGAGACUGCUCAUAUUUUGGAACCUCUUUGUGCUCAUGCUUCCCCAAAGCCUUGGAUGUCGGGAACUAUAGGGAAAUGGCAGGGAUGCAAUUAUAGAUUACCUCACGAAUUUGAUAUUAGCAACAGUACAAAGUAUCAUGUAUAUCUUGCAACAAAAGUUGAUUUAAAGGUAGAUAGCUCAAGAGCCUUUGUAGCUGGUGGCGGCCAAAACCUGAAAGUCCAUGCAUGGCAAAUCGUCAAUGCAUAG